AUGGAUGAGGUCAAACAGCUAGGGACAGCACCGGAGGUCACUUGCUCUAGAACCACUCCUUGGUAUAUAUGGAAGAAAGCCGCCGUAUGUGUGGCAGCUGGCUUGUCAUUUCUGACAAUACACGGAUGGGAGCUUCCCUCUGCAAUCUUGGAACCAGCUGUGGCGCUUCGUCCAUCAAAUCCUGGAGAGAACAAAUUCUCAUGGCAUAACAUCGAGGCAUCUCAAGAACUCAUCUACCACCAAUGCUAUGAGGACUACCAAUGUGCGAAGUUGCAGGUACCUAUGGACUGGUGGCGCAACUCCUCACAGCCAGGAAAGAACAUACCGAUCGCAAUCAUAAGAUUGCCAGCCAAGGUUCCUGUAAGCGAUUCACGCUACUCUGGCGCUGUUUUGACCAACCCUGGUGGUCCUGGUGGUAGUGGAGUAGCACAAAUGUUACGCAGUGGACGAGCUACACAGACGAUUGUGGAUGCGGAAUUGGAUCCGAAUAGCACUUCUGUCAGUUCAGAAGCCAAGUAUCACGAUAUCAUCAGUUUCGACCCCAGAGGUAUCGGAUAUACUACCCCUGGCAUUCACUGUUUCCCUGAUAGUCUGGCGCGCUCGAGCUGGGAAUUACAAAAUGAAGCAGUUGGGAUAUUGGGAAGUUCUGAGGAUGCUUUCGAUCGAAACUGGUAUCGCGCCAGAGCUUUGGCUGAGAGUUGUUCAGCUGCAACCGAUACGACUGGAGAUGGCUCGGAAGAUAUUGGCGAGCAUGUGAAUACCACACCCGUAGCGCGAGAUAUGCUCGAGAUUGUCGAAAGACAUGCAGAAUGGCUGGAGAAGCAAGCUAUAGCUAAAACACAACAAGAUCAACUUCAGGGCAUAGCAUCAGACGAACAUGCUAUCGACAGAUUACGCUAUACCAACGGCACAGCAAAAAUCAAGUACUGGGGCAAUAGCUAUGGCACCAUUAUCGGCCAGACUUUUGCAGCCAUGUAUCCAGACCGCGUAGAGCGUAUCGUCCUCGAUGGCGUCUGCAACGCUCCCGAUUAUUUCUUCGGCCCCUGGUUCAGUGCCCUAGCAGACGCCGACGCUAUUCUGUCAAGCUUUUUCUCUCACUGCCAUGAUGCUGGCCCUGAGCUGUGCAGUUACCACUCCUCUACCCCGGAACAUAUAAAGCAAAACUAUGAAAUUUUGCUCGAGGAGAUACGCAAGCAGCCUAAGAUCGUGCUGGGCUCAAAGAGCAGAGGGCCAGAUGUUAUUACAUGGUCUGAUGUGAAGAGUAUGGUUAGAUUGGCCAUCUAUCAACCUCUUCUCUACUCCCCUCUGGUAGCAGAUCUUCUAACCGAUAUAUCCUCUGGCAACGGCAGUUUAUUCGCAGACCUCAAAGCCGCAGUCACACCCAUCACCUGUCCUAGCUCUAACUGCAACAGCGAGGACUGCGAUCAAGAUGACAAUGCAGAAGAUGCUGCACUGGCAAUUCUCUGUGCCGACGCCCCUGGCCUUGGCUCCAUUGACAAAGCUUCUUUUAAAGAAUACUGGCAUACUCUACAAAACCAAAGCUCUGCACUGGGGGAUUGGUGGGCACACACACGACUAGGCUGUUUAGGCUGGAAAACCCUGGCGAAGAACAGAUUCCAAGGCCCAGUUUCUGCAAACACGGCUUUUCCUAUGUUGUUUGUGGGUAAUGCUUUGGAUCCUGUUACGCCGUUUGAGAAUGCAAAAGCAAUGGCAGCUAAUUUCCCGGGUUCGAGGGUACUGCGGCAGAAUUCUGAGGGUGUAAGCUUCUUUUUUUUCCUUUGCUCCCCCGUCUCCCUUCUUUUCUUCUUCUUCUUCUUCUUCUUCUUCUUCUUCUUCUUCUUCUUCUUCUUCUUCUUCUUCUUCUUCUUCUUCUUCUUCUUCUUCUUCUUCUUCUAUCUUUCUCAAUUCUUUUAA